UACCCCCGUCCUUAACAGAAGAAGAAACCAGUACAGACACUGUCGUCGAAGAGCGGUCGAAAGUAAGCCUGAGGUGUGGCGCUUCUGGUUAUCCAUCACCACAGAUAUCAUGGAGGAGGGAAAAUGGAAAAGACAUAAAUCUGGGACCUGUCGGAAAUACCAAAAAUAUAGUUCAACGAGUAGAAGGAGAAUUCCUCAACCUCACCCAAGUGACUCGUGAGGAUAUGGGGGCUUAUCUCUGCAUUGCCUCGAAUGGAGUUCCCCCUUCUGUGAGCAAAAGGAUACUGCUGCAGGUGAAUUUCCAACCGAAGAUCCGUGUAGCAAACCAAAUGGUGAGGGCAUCUGUGGGAACAGAAACAGUGCUUGGGUGUCACUUAGAGGCAUCUCCCAGACCACUGACAUCAUGGAUACGUCACGAUGAUGCAAUUUUGAUUAACAAUAAUAAAUACGAAAUGCACGAGAUUGAAAACUCCUACAAAAUACUUAUGCAGCUGAAGAUAAAAAAUGUUACAGAGAAUGAUUUUGGACACUAUAAAUGUGUCGCCAAGAACACGUUUGGUGAUAAAGAAGGAUUUAUUAGAUUGAUAGAGAUUCCACCAACAACCAGCACAACAAUGUCCACUCUUCCGUAUAAUGUCUUCAUUCCACAGAGAGUUGUAACAGAAAGUCAUACAGUAUCAGAUGUCACUACACCCGAAAAAAAGGAAUAUGGUGCACCAACAACGAAUUCUCUGCGAGAUGAAUCACAUAUCGUUUCCUCUGAGAAACAGCUUAGACCAGGGAAAAUAGAAAGCAGAUUAGAAGAUGAGAAACAGCAGAAGAGAACCACUGAUCACAGAACAUUACAUCCUAAAAAGCCAACUUCCGAAGCUGGUCAGGAAAGAGUUUCGUCCUGUAUUACAGUAGCUGCAGUCUUAAUGGCACACUUCCUAUUGAAGAAGACAUUUUAAAUAAUUUCCUCAAGCUCAAAGUGACUCAUCAAUAGAACAGUUGUCCAACUGAAUACAAAACUUUCAUGAGCAUAAUAUUGUGUAUUAAGACACCUGGAUAAAACCAAUGUAUACAAAUUAUGGUGAAAUGUGGUUAAUCCAUGAAAUAUCUCGUAAAAAUGUCCUGCAAAGUUCUCAGUAUCUUUAUAUAAAUAAGAAGAAUUUUUAAUAAUAACUAUGUCAAAAUUUUAUUUCGACAUAUGUUUAUAUUAGGAAUAAUAUUAGAUUUAUAUUACUUCAGGAAGAUAUCACAAUACCCGACCCGCAGCCCAUGAUUUUUUUUUCUUCAUGAUUAAGGAAUUCAUAUUCAUUCUUUGAAUUUUAUAUUCUCUUUAAUUCUUUUGUGACUGAAAUAUUUAUUAAUGCUCAAAAGGCAUAAAAUUUUAUAAUUUUGCUCACGUUAAAUCUUAUCAUCUAUUCAACACAGUUUGAGAUAAUCAAACUUCUGUCAUUUUAUGAAUCAUCUGAACUGUUUAAAUGAUAUUAUUAAUUAUAUGUACAUAUGUGCCAAGAAAAUUUAUGUAAUCUUGUCUUUGUGAAUAAUAUGAUAUUAUUACGUAUCUAUCAGAUCACUGUACAGUAAGCUGUAAAAUAAAUGUUGAAAUCUA